AUGUCAGCUGGAUACUACCCAAAACGCGAAAAGGUUGGCCUUGAAGAUCUCUUCAGAGGGCUAGUCACAGCAAGCCACAUCCUCGACCACCAUGGCCUUGUCGAUGCAUACGGGCACAUUUCUGUGCGCUCUCCGGAUAACCCAGCGACAUUCUGGAUGCCAUGCAACAUGCCACCGGCGCUGAUUAGCACGCCAGAAGAUCUAGUCGAGUACCACGUUGACAGCGCUGAAGCGGUCGAGAAAGAUGCAAAGCCCGGGUAUCUGGAGCGAUACAUUCAUAGUGAGAUUUACAAGCGAUUCCCAGCCAUCAACAGUGUAGUCCAUAGCCACGCGGGCGAUGUGCUUCCUUAUUGCAUCAGCGGGGUACCAUUGAAGAAUACGAUUCACAUGGCUGGUUUCUUGGGAUCAAAGGUUCCUGUGUGGGACGCCUCGAGUAGCUAUCCGUCGGGCUCAAAACAUAGUCUGCUUGUGAGCAACACUACGCUGGGUGCUUCUCUUGCUGCGGCAUUCAAACCUGCUACUUCAACCGGCUUCAUCUAUUCCAAGGUUCGUUCGGCGCUACCAUCGCAGCUAGGCGGUGCGUCUUCGGAGCCUCAACUGGAACCGGAUCAUGCGGUCGUUCUUAUGCAAAGCCAUGGAUUCGUGACUGUCGCGCAUGGGAUCGAGGAGGCUGUAUACCAGGCCAUAUACACAAGGGAGGCUGCAAAGGCGCAAACGGCGGCCAUGACGAUACAGAAUGCGCACACUGGAUACGCGCUCGAGGGCAAGGUUGAUGUUGACGCUGGUGGAAAAAUCAAGUCUGGCCAUGCAAAGGCCGAAGGCGGCAACUUGAAAUACUUGAGUGACAGAGAGUGUCAUGACGCCUGGGAAGCCAUGUCCGGGACAAUUGCAAGACCAUGGGCGCUGUGGUCUCGACAGGUGUCGCUCAGUCCGUUGUACAAGAAUGAUUGUCCUGCAGGCGAGGAUUAA